AUGUCUGCACAUAUCGAGGGGCAGAUCAUGCCCGCGCUGCCUGUUCAUGCCUUGAACUCCGUCCAUUCUACCACUUCUCUUCCCUCCUCUGAACUGAUCCAAGACGGUCCCUCAACGGAUCUGACCCGGUCGGCAAGCUACACCUACAUACCUGCGCUGGAAACAGGAAAGGAUAUCCCUACCCCGUCUAUCAAGCGAACCUUCUCGGAAAACGUCCUCCCACUGCCGCCUGACUCCACAACCAAGGUGAACGAACUCGCCAAUUCUGCCAACCUGGAGCUGUUCCGCCGGGCUUCGAGGAAGGCGAAGAGAAGGAUGUCGAGCGCGAUCUUUUCGUUGUCUCCGGACGACGAAGACAGUCAGCCUCGCGAAAGUAGGAAAUCUUCCUCUGAGAAAGAGGAGCAACAGCCCAAAGGCCUGAGAGGGUCGGUUACUGGUACUAUCCGCUCACUGGCUCGCAAAUCCUGGGUGGGCUCUUCGUCACGGUCUUCUUCCCCUGUACACAAACAGGGUGAUCGGCUCGAGAGGAAUAGGAGUUGGUCGCCGGCUAAAGCCAAAAUCCCUGCCACGACUCCGAAGGGUGUCCAGGACCCGAUGCCUUCAUGCGCCUCUGGCACCUCAACCCAGCCAGGGGAUGGAUCUCUGUUCCCGCUUGACACAAAAGUGCAGGCCAAGAGUAAUGGUAUCCGACGUGAGUCCACGAAAAUCAAGAGCAAACCUGGCAACAGCCCCAAACACAUAUCGAGGAACUCGUCGUCGAUGUCGCUGAAGAGUGAGCUCUCAAAUGAGAAAUCCCAUUCGAGAAUCUCUUUGGGCAAAGUACCACCAUUGCCCGCGUCAUACUCUUCAGAGCGCCUGGCCACUCUUGGGAUCGAAGUCGGCAAGAAGAAAGAUCCGCUAUGGUCCGCUUUCCGGGCACUUGACGGCGAAUACGCCAGUUUUCAAUCGAAGACGAGUUUGCAAAAGGCAAAGCUGCUGCGCACUACUCUACAGCCAUUCUUGAUCAAAUAUGCCCAGCAUCCUUCCAAUCAACGUCUUCGAGCCGAGGACCUGGACCGCCGCGUUGCCAUCUUGAAUAAGUGGUGGACCGGGUUGCUUGAAAUGCUGCAUGGCACGAACAACCAGGCGAUCUCCGGGACAGAUAGGCCGGCGUUUUUGGAGUCAGCUACUAUGAUCAUGUUGCGACCUGAGUGGAGAGUGCCGGGGAUUACUUCGGUCCCCGGGGAGUCUCCGCCGCAGAAUUCGAUAUCAAAAUCCAAGUCGACCAAUUCUCUUGAAUCGGAAGAGGCGGACUUCCUGGUCGAUACUAUUCACCAGAACGUCCGGAACACUUUUGUCCAGAAUCUGCUCUCGCAAAUGGCAUUUGUGAUUGAAAAACUGUCCCUGCGGGCUGCGCCGGCAAGCCUCGUUACAUUUGCAGGGAAAGCUUGUGCCUAUGCGUUCUUUUUCUGUCCUGGUGUGGCAGACAUGCUUGUCAGGUCCUGGCGUCUACCAUCUGGCACGCUGAGACGAAUAUUCACCGAGCUAGGCAUCAGUCAUGGCGACAGGUUGGACCUCAUCUCAAGCACGCUAACCAGACACUUCCCGCCUCCAGUCCGAAGCCUGUCUGUCUCUUCCCAAGCAAGUCUCUGGCGCCACCUUCAACAGCGAGGCCAGCUCCCUCCAGGAUGGAAGGACGUGAGUUGGGGCCCAAACUGGGUUACUCGAUGGUCAGGGCGAGACAGUGACCUGUUCUUCUCUUUCACCAAGCAAUACCAUCUUCUGAUCUCCGAAUUCCUUCCCGAAGACAUACCAAUGAAAGAUCGCGCCGGUGUACCUGGUCUCGUCCCAGUAUGGGCACAGACACUGGUGGUCCUCGAGACGACCAUCUAUCGACAGGCGGGACAGAAUGUGGUCGACAACUACUCUUCGGGCGCAGGCUAUCGCAUGGAACAAACAGAUGCCAUGGCUCCGUUGCCCAUGACCAUGGCAAACGCUUCCCGGUCCAUUGCAGAGAACCGACUCAUCAUUCUGCUGAGAGAUGUGCUUGGCGAUACGAAGCCCGAACUUUCCUUCUUCCGCAGUCUGUUUAUGGGGUCAUUCGACAUCAUCAUCAAAGCCGCCACGCGCAACAUCUCCUUGUACAACAACGAAGCAUGUUUUGUUAUUUGUGAUUUCAUGGAAGAAGUGCUUCCUAUCAUGUUGCGGUAUAGGCAGAGCUACGGCGACACCGCAGUGCUUGACUGGCCAUUCUGGCUACAAGUCUGGAAGCGAAUGAUGCAGAGUCACACCAGCCUGACACAGAUACGAUUGAUCGCGUUCUUGUACAGUACAUGGUCUAUUUUAAUUCUUAAUGAAGACAGAAAGCGCGACCUUGUCCUAGACUGGCUCUUGGAUGCUGACAUCUUCGAACGGAACUUUUGCCACUGGUCGCCAAUGGUUCGCCACUACUUCUACCGACUGUUGUGUUGGAAGAUGGCGAGAUAUGAUGGGGAGGUUACGGAGCUAGAUCUGCAGAUCCUGGAAACAUUGGCACUGCGAUUGAACAAGUGCUGGGCACAUUAUCAAUACCUCGCCGCGGAAGCAGAGAUGCGAGGCCUACUGCCGCCAUCCUCGGCUCCUUGUUCGCCGGCACCAAACCGCGUCCUCGUCAUUCUCCGCACCGAUAGCCAGCCGAUCCUGUCGGCAUCUCGGACGAACUUUGCGAAUCACUUUCCUUCGGCAAUAGUCACCCAGGGCUCUCCUUAUCAGAACCAUUCAUCUGUGCUGAGCACCAUUCCGUCCGCCGAUGAACCACGGCCAGGGGUCAAGAAACGAUGGAGCCUAUUUCGUGGCCUGAACGUCUUUGGCGUCAGUCCCGGAAACAACCGCCCUGGCGAGGUGACUCCUCCAGGCAGCCCGGAGGAGAUUGGUGUGACGACGAGCAGCGAUAGCAUUCCCGACCCAAAUGGUGCUAUUACUGCGGCUAGGGCUUACCGGCCAGUCACUCCUCCACAUCAGCCUUUCUCCUUCAAGUUCUCGUUGGAAAUGUGCUCUACGCCUCAGAACCUCGAUCGGAGAACUCCCAACCGAGAGUUGGCAGCGCCGCAACUACCACAUAAUGCAGAGACGAUACUUCGAUCACGACAGAGCUCUGAAAGCAGUGGCAGUGGAAGCAGCACCGGCAGCGACUCUAGGACGGGGUCGAAGGUGGCAGAAGUCCGACCCCUGAAACCGCAACCCUGUGAAAUGAAUACAGCUCGGUACAGCGGACGGGCGCUGGCAGAAUGGACCCAGGUUCUGAACGAGUGUCGAGGUUUCUAUGCCCGACGGAAGCAGGAAGGUGUUCCACGAGAUCAUCAAGUGGAGACUCCGACCAUGGGUGUGGAGACAUUCCGUCUUAUCGGCUGA